UUCUUUGUCUAAUUCGAUCAUCACUUGUCCAAAUUGGACUCAAAAAAUCAAAAUGAUUUAAUCCAGAUGCAAAGCCUUCAUCCUAUCUGCCCAUGUGCUCAAACGUAUCUGCCCUCAAACUUUCUGGAUGCCCUAAAGCCUUUCUCUGCAGGAACCAAACCUACCAGCGUGCGGUGUAGAACUUAUCCACUAUAUGGGAUAUACUGUAGGUACAAACUGGAGGGGCUUGGGCUCUAUACUGGAGAUCUAGCCUAUAAUGUACCCCAACUGAGUUCAUUGCUGCAAUUUCCCUGUCAGUGCUGAAGAAGAGUUCAGGUUCUAACACAACGUGGAAGAACAUUUUUAACACAGCCCAAGACUCUUCUCUUGUUGUGGAUUACAGUAUUUAUCUCCACCCUGUGUUGCCAUGAAGAGGAAGCAGAAGAGGUUCAUCCAAGCUACAGUGCUUUUUAUGGUGGCUUUAAUCCUCCUGCCCAAUAUAGGGCUUUGGUCCAUAUACAAGGACCGGCAACUCAUGAAAGCUGCAGAUGCAGGGGAUCAGCCAUUUUCACUGGGAGUGAGUGAGGCUCAGCUCUACACAUGGACAGAUGGCCUUAGAAGAAAAGACUGGCAUGACUAUGAGAGUAUCCAGAAGGAAGCAUUGCGCUCAGGGAAAGGAGAACAUGGAAAGCCAUACCCCCUUACUGAAGAAGAACAAGAUGAUACUGUUUAUAGAGAAAAUGGUUUUAAUAUCUUUGUUAGCAACAAGAUUGCACUGGAGCGCUCAUUACCUGACAUUCGGCAUCCCAACUGUAAGCACAAAAUGUAUUUGGAAAGACUACCCAACACCAGCAUCAUUAUCCCAUUCCACAAUGAAGGGUGGACUUCCCUCCUGAGAACCAUACACAGUGUCAUCAACAGAACUCCAGACAGUCUCAUAGAAGAAAUGAUCCUGGUAGAUGACUUCAGUGACAGAGACCACUUAAAGGAAAAAUUAGAAGAAUAUAUGGCCUAUUAUCCCAAGAUUAGAAUUGUGCGGACCAAAAAACGUGAGGGAUUGAUCCGGACACGUCUUCUGGGAGCAUCUAUGGCAAAAGGAGAGGUGUUAACCUUUUUAGACUCCCACUGCGAAGUGAAUGUGAAUUGGCUUCCUCCCUUACUUAAUCAGAUUGCUCUGAACCACAAAACAAUUGUGUGUCCCAUGAUAGAUGUCAUUGACCACAAUCACUUUGGGUAUGAAGCACAGGCAGGGGAUGCCAUGAGAGGAGCUUUUGACUGGGAAAUGUACUACAAACGUAUCCCGAUACCUCCAGAGCUUCAAAGAACUGAUCCCAGCGAGCCUUUUGAGUCUCCUGUAAUGGCUGGAGGUUUAUUUGCCGUUGAGCAGAAAUGGUUUUGGGAGCUUGGUGGCUAUGAUCCUGGAUUGGAAAUCUGGGGAGGAGAACAAUAUGAAUUAUCAUUUAAGGUAUGGAUGUGUGGUGGAGAAAUGUAUGACGUCCCUUGUUCCAGAGUAGGUCACAUAUACCGGAAGUACGUGCCUUACAAAGUGCCAACAGGAACAAGUCUUGCAAGAAACUUGAAGCGAGUGGCUGAGACAUGGAUGGAUGAGUAUGCAGAGUACAUCUAUCAGAGAAGACCAGAGUACCGACAUCUUUCUACUGGAGACAUAUCAUCCCAAAAGGAGCUCCGUAAACAUCUCAAGUGCAAGGAUUUCAAAUGGUACAUGUCUGAAGUAGCAUGGGAUGUACCAAAGUUCUACCCACCAGUGGAGCCACCACCUGCUUCUUGGGGAGAGAUUCGUAACGUGGGAUCCAAUCUCUGCAUUGACAGCAAACAUGGUGCAACGGGAACAGAACUUAGAGUGGACACAUGUGUGAAGGAUGGAUCGGAGAGGACCUGGUCACAUGAACAGCUUUUUACCUUUGGAUGGAGAGAGGACAUACGCCCUGGAGAACCUCUUCACACAAGAAAAUUCUGCUUUGAUUCAAUAUCCCACAGCAGCCCCAUUACACUAUAUGAUUGCCAUGGCAUGAAGGGUAAUCAGCAGUGGAGCUACAGAAAGGAUAAAACUUUAUUUCACCCUGUCACCAACAGCUGCAUUGACUGCAACCCUGCUGAAAAAAAACUCUUCAUGAACAAAUGCGACCCUCUCUCUGAAACCCAGCAGUGGAUUUUUGAGCACGUGAACAUGACAAUAUUACAGAAAUUCAACAUCUAUAAUAACUCCUAGGAAACCCAACUUGGCUGUUGCUUAGUGUGCCACGAUCACGAUUUUGAUUUCCGAGAUCCGGGACUCCCAUCCUGAGGAUUAGCAGAGACGCCUGUGGAAGAGGCGAGCGUUACAAGAUGUCAUAUCCAACAAGCUUGGAGGAAAAAUGUGAAUCAUUGCAGCUGCUGAGAACUCUAUUUCCUUGCUGGUCAAGGGUGAUAUGAAACUUUUGGAACAAUGUUCUAUGCUACCACGGUAAAAUGCAUUUUAAACCUUACUCAGGACAUAUCCUGCUGUAGUGUGUAGCUGUGGAUGGCAACUAGUGGAUUAUGUUCUUCCUUUUUUUUCCGGGUGGGGGUUGGGUAUGGACUGCAUGAAUACCAUGAGUCAAAUCCUGCUGCAUUUAUACUCUGCAGACACUAGCACAGCUUAGGGAGAUAGGACAAAUAUGAAACAUGGGGCUGAUUUUCCAUUCCGAAGCAUAUAAGGUUAGCAGGUUUAACUACUAUAUCAGUCACCAAGUACAAGAUAAACCGUGACACUCCGACUGUUGUUCAAAUAUAAUUCUCAGGCUGAGAGAUAUAAUGGAGCGAUAGCUGGAAAGCCAAUGGUUACUUAUUUCUGAUCUACACACUGGAAGGAGGAUAUAUUUGGUGCACAUGGAAUGGACAUGAAUUUUCAUUUCUUCCUUAUAUAUUUGAAACAUUUUUUAAUUGAAAUAAAUAGAAUAAAAACUUC